AUGAAUCAGCCCAAUCUUGGAAUCUAUCCCACUUUGGAAAGCUACUCUAGCUACUCCAUUCCUACGCCUGUGCAGAAUAUCACUAUCCAAUCCCUCCCACCUGAAAUAUCAACUCAAAUAGACUUAGCAUUAGGCUGUGUAUUUGGUGCUUUUAUUGGAGAUUCUUUAGGCUCAUAUAUAGAAUUUGAGAAUUCUAUAAGUGAAGGCAUGCUAAGCGAGACUUUAGAAAUGAGAGGAGGCGGCCCAUUUAGCGUUGGCCCUGGACAAGUAACUGACGACUCUGAACUGGCUAUGUGCCUCCUUCGAGGCCUAUAUGAAGGAAAUGGAAAAUUCAACCUUGACCUUAUCGCUAAAUAUUACAAAGAAUGAUACUGCACAGGUCCUUUUGACAUUGGGAAAACCACCAAAAAUGCUCUUAAAGUCUACAAAGAUAACCCUGCAUUCGCAAAGUUUUCUAUAGCAAGCUCCAAAGAGCUUAAUAAAAAAUCCAAAAGUAAUGGAAGCUUUAUGAAAUGCACCCCGAUGGCUGUAUUUUGUAGAAAUUUAAACGAUAAGGAGAUAAGAAGGGCUGUUUCAUUGGAAUGCUCAAUGACCCAUUCAAAUUUAGAAAUACAAGACGCCCAAGUUUGCUAUAUUAAAGCGAUAGUAAGUUUGUUUAGAUAUCCAGGGGAUCGUGUAAGGGCAUAUAAUGAAGCUAAAUCUAUGGCAAGAAGAUAUGAAACCAAAGAAUGGUUUGAUGAUAUAGAAAAUAGUCAGCCAAUGAAAGCAGAUCAUAAGAUUGGGAGAGCAAAAAUUGCAUUUGACCAUGCUUUUAGACAUCUGAGAAGACUUAGGUUUAGGUUUACAUUAGAGGUUGUAAGAUCAUUUUAUUAGGAGCAAGGCUUGCCGCGCUAGGCCUUUAAAGCUGUUAUUACCCAUUUAGAUAAAAUGAGCUUGCAUCGGCUGCAGUCCUUUAUUGGACCUAUUUCGCAUGCUUCUAUAGUUAUUUGCAUGUAGCCACUCUUCAAAACCCUCAAACUUUGCCAUUCCUUGCUCUCCGACCUCAGGGCCCUUCGAGCCACUUUCAAUUCUGCUUUCUAGCUCAAUUUUUGCUUCAUCUCCUGCUUUGAUCUCUCUGCCUAAACUUCUUCUUCAAUUUCUGUUUCAACACCUGCUUUAACUUCUACUUCAAUUGAUCUUUAACUCCUGCUUCAAUUUCUGCUCUAAUUUCUGCUCCCAUUUCGGCUUUAGCUUGUGCUUUAUUUUUUGCUUCAAUUUUUCGUUUCGAAUUCUAAUUCAGAUUCUAUUCCAAUUCCUGCUCUGUUAUUCCUCUGAUGCUGCUCCAGUCUUGCAUUUUCCCCUCUUUGGUCCUUUGGCUCUGCUUCUUUUCAGUCUCUCGUUGCAGCAAUCAAUUCAAUUUGUGCCACAUUCAUUCUAUCGAAAAAUCCGAACAGUUUCUCAUUCAUUUAGUAGCUCUUCCCUAUUUGUUAGUGUUCUUAGCACCAAUUUCCCAAUAUCCAUCUUCAUACCUAUCUUUCAAAGAAUCACCAAAAAGAAUGAACCUCCUCCUAAAACUCUUCAUCUCAAUACAAACUAUCUUCAUCAGAAUCCAUUUCCUCAAAAAGCUCCCCACUACUGCACAAUCCUUGAUUGGUUUUCCAGGAAGACAUUUCACGAUUCACCCUUAAAAUAAAAAGUGAACUAAUGGUAGGGCUUGGCAUGAAGGAAAAGCUUAUCAGCUUAGAGCAAAAUUAGGUAGAAAAAUUGACCCAAAUAAAAUUAGCUCAGAAUCGGUCAAGCUACUCAUAUUAGAAUUUAUUGACACCUGAGAAAUGAAAGCAAUUACUUUGAUGCAAUGACUGGGAUAUUAAGACUAGGAGGAGAUACAGAUACUAAUGCAGCCAUUGUGGGUGGACUAAUUGGAGCUGCGGACGGUUAUAGUGGAAUUCCCAAAAAUUGGAAAGAAAAAGUUAAAAAUUUUAAAUUUGAGGGAAUUGGAAUUGAUAGGCCUUGGUUUUUAGACCAAACUGAUGUAGAGAGACAAGUGGAGUAUUUAUAUUAUAUCUCGCCAUACAGUCUGUCUAUUAUUGCUGAGGAAUAG